CGAAGCCCCACCCGGUCCCAACCUGGGCUUUGCGCUCACUUGUGCCAUGGCCGACCGUGGAGAAACCGUCCAGGUGGCUUUGUUGCUGGUCUUGGCAUGCUGUGGCGUCUGGCAGGUGGGUUCUUGGGUGCUCAGCUGCCUCCGUCGCACCUUUGGCCAAACUCCGGAAAGCUUGGAUGGCUCGGGCGCGGACCUCCGGAUGAACUCGGGCGAGGACCUCCGCGCGCCGAGCUCCGUGGAAGCUGGACCGGUGCUCCGCUAGGGGUCUUCUUUUCGCCGCGUCGGCGACUCGUCGAUCGUUCAUGGCAAGGUGAAUGGCCGUGAGGUCCAGGUGGAGCAUCUCAUCCAAAUGAAGGACUUGCGAACAGCCUAUGCGCUGCUCUUCGGGGCCGGUUUCGUCGGGGGGCAUCACUUCUACUUGGAUCGCCUGCUGCACGGGACCAUCGCUGCGACCACCGGGAACUUUUUCGGUGUGGGUUGGAUGGUGGAUCUACUUUGCCUACCGUACUACACCAGCUCCUUCAACCGAACGGCCACUGCAUCACGAGAUCGAAGCUGUGGCAGGCUUUGCUGCUGCUUGCCCUUGGUCCAAUGCGUCGUCAUACUCGUGGUCUGUGGCAUCGCCUUGGGCUUACCUGCCUUUUUCCACAGCGCCGGUGUGGUUGACCUCGAACAGCGGAUGGCAGGUACGGCGGGAAAUCCCUACGUAAUCCUGGACAUCGACCGAGAUGCCUCCGCAGAAGAGCUUCAGAAGGCCUAUGAGGCUCAACUGCGUGACGUGGAGGCUUCGAAGGACUGCAAAUUGAAGGAAUCGAAGGAAUCGCGAGAAAGCAAAGCCUGCAGGAUGAAGAAAAAGCAUUUGAAGAAGGCCAUUGAAUUUUCCUUGAGAAGAAGUGGCGAAACCAAAGAGGAGCCACCACGAAAGCAGCGUCGGCGCACGAAGUCUGAUGAAGAUCGAGAAUUCGACCAGUGGUUUGACCAGCGGAGGUCGGAAUGGGAGGCAUUGGUUGCGGAGGUGAAAGAGGGUUCGACACGACUCUUCAAAAGUGACGACAAGGCACACGAGGAUUUGUGAAGGCCCGAAACCAGAGCAAAAAGGAUGAUGUGCCGCACCAUGCCGCACCUAUCAGCUUCGUUUCGGA